ACGUGAGGUUGCUCCUAAACAUGGCGGCGGACUGCGGGUUUCACUGGAGUGACGUGUAGCCGCUGUCGAGGGCAGUUGAGAGCGAAACGUACAGGUUAGACGUUGGAUAUUGAUGGAUGAUGCUUGUAACAGGGCAGUUGUUUGAGAACAACUGGUGAGGAAUCGACUUAAUCGACGUCUUUUUCUGGAAUGGAUAAUGGCAGUGGCUCAGUGACCGAUGAGACCAGAACACACAUAUCUGCAUCUGACAAGUGUAAGGAUGGUGGCAGGACAAGUUUAGGUGAUUAUGCCCAAGCAUCAGACAAGAUCGUUGCUCCUCGUUUUCAUUUGUUGACCAGACCACCACAGACUGAACCAUUUUGGGUACCUCCUUCUCAUUCUGCAGAUCAAACUGUGGGUCUACUGGAGGCUACUCCACUUGUCAGUGAGGAUCUUGUUGUUCAGGAGUUUCCCUAUGAAGGGAUGCAAGAGGGUUUGUAUGACUUGGCUGAUCCAACUGUUAAUUUACAUGAAUUUAUUGUCAGCUGUUUGGCAAGUCCAAAGGAUCGUUUGUUCUUGUUUCGUGUCGAGAAGGUACUAGUAGAAUUUAUUGAAGACACUAGUCAAGAUCUGAUGGAGUUUCCAGCAAUGACGUCUUAUCAUCGAAUGUUACUACAUCGUGUUGCCGCAUACUUUGGAUUGGACCACAACGUUGGUCCGUCUGGCCUAUCUGUUAUUGUCAGUAAAUCUGUUGCGACUCGGAUACCUAAAGCGAGGUUUCCUGAUCUGUUGCCUUCCGGGGUUAUUCGUGAAGAGAGUGCUUCACCUAAAUUGAUUCUGAAACGGAACAAAGCGAGUGAAACACGAGAGAAGGUGAAGGUUGCACUGGCCAAUGAACACAUCGCCAUCUCUGCGAAUGUGAAAAAAUCGAAGACGAUGGCCGAGAGAGAAGCCGACUACGAGAAAGCAAGAGCUCGGAUAUUUAGCCAGCCUGUACUUCCUGGCGAGCAGAGCCAUCAGCCACUCGACAAAGAAACUCAACAACAAGUCAUCGCAUCGAAUGUGGCUGUCUCUGAUGAUGUUCAGUCACAUCAAUCCCGCCAUUCACCCAUACCUGUCACCGACAGUGACACUAUGUAUCACAUGACCCGACACGAUCCCAACUCUCAUAUCCCCACUAACAAACCACCUCAGUUCUACAAGCCAACGAUCCCCGACGCUCCCAAGAUGCGUCAUCCAUUAUCCCCCCAGACAUCCACCCUUCAGGGCGUCGGUCUAACCCGGACACCGACCGUAGACUUCAACCCUCGUUCUAGUUACACUCCAGCUGCGAAGAUGCAGUAUCCGCAGCACAUGGUUACACUAGGCAACGAGUCUUUCACUCCAAACGUCCAUCCCAUGUUUGUCAAUCAAGCGGCCGCCAUGCAGCAAGCACAGAUGAUGGCGUUACUCCAGGCUCAGCAGCAAGUCGGAUUUCCAAGACCAAACGUGUUGUAUCCAUGCCACGACGUCGUCGAUCUGGAAUCAGGAGAAAGAGGGAUGUCAAGGCAACAACAACCGAGCACCCAGCCGAGACAAACUCUCGGAGAUCCUCAUCAGCAGCAGAUGACGUCCCAUCUGAACCACAUCCCGGUUCACACCCCGCGUGCAAGCGAACGUCCUCUGUAUAACCUGCAGCAGCAGCAGCAGCAGUUUCUCUUACAGCAUCAGCACGCGCUCGAACAAUUCCAUCGUUUCCAGCUUCAGCAGUACCAGCUGCAGCAGUUGCCCUACCGGUCAUCACCCCACGGGGGCCACCACCUGUCUGGCAUCAAUCAAACUCACUCACCGAGCCCACUAGACGCAUCGUGUACAGACAACGACACUGGGCACUCGGUGUUAUCCCCCCAGCAGAUGUCAAGACCCGAUUCAAGUACUACACACACGCAAGGCAUUCAACAGCAAGAGAGACGAGAUCCUCCAGUGAAAGCGUAUUCCGCUCAGCGACCGUCUGCGGCUAAAACGAGCGGCCAGCCGCCGACAUUUGCGCUCGAGGUGUAUGAGAUACAGACGAGCAUUUCCGAUGUUGUGAACGAAUUGAGAGGCGAUGGAGCCAACGUGCACUGGCGGAAUGUGCAGUCGCCAGCGAGCGGUUGCUUGGCGUUCUUCAAGUCGCAUGGUGACAUGCAAGCGGCGCUCAAUCGGGCGCAACGUCAGCCGAGCUUCAAGUACAAGCUGAGACUUCCGGGUCGGCAUUUGCUGCAGUCGUUCUCCCACUUGAGUAUAACAUAAUUGUGUGGACGGAUUGUAUAGAGUGAUUUGCUCGUGUAGAAAGUUUGGAUGGAUGGAUGGAUGGCAUUCUGUGUGCUAAUCGUUCUGUCAGAUGUCGAGUACAAUAAAUACAGUUAGAUUGGUAUAUAUGUCUGUAUCAUGAGAGCUACCUGUCGAACUUGUUUCUCGCAUAGAAAUGUGGGUAAUCAGAUUGGUCAACUAGUAGAAACAGAUAAAGUAGAAACAGACAGACAGAGUGUUAGACAGACAGACAGAGACCCUAUUGGGCUCGGGAAAUAGUUUGGUUGUAAUAGCAUUCAUUUAUGAAAAUAUAUGAGAAAGACAGACAGACAGAUAGACAGAGAUUUGCAGUUGAUGUAUAAUAAUCAAUGUGUGAAAAUAUAUGUAUUAACAGACAGACAGAGAGAGUGGCAGACAUACAUACAUACAGACAGACAGACAGACAGAUUAUUAUAUUUGAACUCUUACUCUACUAAUAACAAUCAGACAGACAGACAGACAUAC